AUGGCUUCUUUGGGGUUCGAGGGCUUCGAGAAGCGGCUCGAGCUCGUGUUCUUGCUCCCUACGUGCGGCGGCGAGCGAGCGCGACACGGGCUCCGGCUGCUGCCCGUUGCCGCGCUCCGCGAGGCGCUUGAGGCCGUGCAGUGCGCCGUGGUGUCUGCGGCGGGGAAUGCGUCCUUCGACGCGUACGUGCUGUCGGAGUCCAGCCUGUUCGUGUACCCGUCCCGUGUCAUCCUCAAGACGUGCGGCACCACGCGGCUGCUGCGCGCCGUGCCGGUCCUGCUCCGAGCCGCGGGCGAGCUCGGGCUCGGCCUCCGGUCGUGCCGGUACUCCCGGGGCUCGUACCUCUUCCCCGAGGCGCAGCCGUUCCCACACGCCGACUUCGACGACGAGGUUAGGUACCUCGACGGCGCCGUCCCGAGCGGCCUCCACUUCCGCCGGUCCAGCGUGCUGCAGCCAUCGCCGCAGAGCACGCACAAGUGGCACGUCUACUCGGCGUCCACGUCCUCCGAUGGCGCAACCGGCCACGAGCACGUCGACGGCGCGACGCAUUUCACCGUGGAGGUGUGCAUGACCGAGCUGGACCGCACGCUGGCUCGGCAGUUCUACCUGACGCCCGCCGACGCCCGGAGCAGCCACGCCAUCGGCGACGAGAUGACGGCGCUGUCGGGGCUCGGCGGCGUGAACCCGCAGUCGCUCGUCUUCGGGUACGCGUUCGCGCCGUGCGGGUACUCGAUGAACGCGCUCGACGGAGCGCGCUACGCCACCGUGCACGUCACGCCCGAGGACGGGCACAGCUACGCCAGCUACGAGUACGCGGGCGGCGGGGCCGACGCGCUCGCGUCCAUCGGCCGCGCCGUCGCCGUGUUCCGCCCUUCCGUAGUCUCUGCCUCCGUCUGCUACGCCACCACCGCGGGCAGCCAAGCCGUCGAUGCCACAUCGGUGUGGUCGGCGGUCGCCAACGCCCUCGAGCCCCUGGGCCUCGCCUGCCGGAGCCAGGCAGCCGAGGGCUUCCCAGGCGCCGUGACCGUGACGUACCAAACAUUCACGGCAUGA